AGUGAAUCUAGGAUUUAGGGAAUCGCUACGAACUACGCGAUCAUGCAUUUAAUAAUACUUCUUCCUCUCCUAAUGAUUGAUUGUGGAAGAAAAUAGUAAUGAUAUAAUGCUAUUUUAUGUGCCGUUAUUAAAAAGAUUUGUAUUCACAUUUAGCUUACUGGCAAAAAUUCCGCGAAAAUUACUCAAAAGAAAUAUAUCUCGGUAGUUAUUUUUGAGAACCACAAAAUACUUAAACAAAAUCAAGAAACUGCUGCAGGACCUCAAGGCUCCUUUAAUCAGUACGAUCUUGUACAUAUCAGGUUUGAACUUUUCGUGGAGAACAAGUGCUGGAGCUUACAUGACGUAUUUUUAAUUUGACCGCUGUACUAUAAACUUGUGUGUUCACUCUCGACGAACACCACCCGGAAAAGUUGAAGUAAGCGGUACAUCCCAGUGAUGUCGAAAGCACACAACUACACUGAGAUCUUUUAAAAACAGAAAUAAGGAAUUUUUGAGACAUGGUUAAAUCAUCCUUCGCUUUUUUUGUCUAUGUAUUACAUUUAUUUGUUGCUGUGAGUCAUUCUGGGUGCUCAUAUCAGAGCGACUGUCAAUCCAACUACGUUUGCUGCAGCCAUCAGUGUAUUUACGACUCUUCUUGCGUCGGAAGGAAUUGCGCUUCUCAGUCAGACUGUGCGAGCGAGGAAGUGUGUUGCGGCAGUGAUUGCAGAUAUGGCAGUGACUGCAAUGGGUUCCCUUGUAACGCCGACAGCGAUUGUGGUCAGUUUAAUCUUAACUGUUGUGAUGGCACUUGUCAAUAUAACGACUGCAAUGACGCCGCGGUUUUCUUUGGUUUAAUAUUUGGAUCACUUGUCGUGCUUUUCAUGUUCCUUAUGUGUAUUUCCUUUGCUUGUCGUCGUCGAAGAGCACUUGAUCGUGGCAGGAUAAUCGUCGGCCAAAGAGUGACAACGACUACUACAGUAAGAUCUGCAAUGCAGAGUAGCUCACCCUACCCCGAACAGAAUCCACCCACCUACCAACAAGGCUACCCAAACUACCCCCCUCCACAGUAUGAGCAGCAUCAGACAAAUAGGCCUCAGCCCUACAACCCUGAACCAAGCACAGCAAGUGAACAACCUCCCCCUUAUAGUGGAGGACCUCACGGCACUUCAGGGGGAGUUUACACUCGACGUCAAAGUCCAAAAUCCGCUUGGAGUGACGUCAAAGGCUUACAAGAAUCCCCUAGGAAUUGUGGGACAUCUGGUGUUGACACUCCACAAAGUGAAGAGGAAGCAAGAAGAGAUCGUGUUAACGGGAAAAUACGGUUUUUUCGAGAGAUGAUCAGAUCUUCUUUCGUGGUUUUUGUCCUUGUUAGCCAUUACUUUGUUACAGUGACUCCUGCUUGGUGCUCAUCUGGGGCAUCUGGAUGCUCUUUCAACCAAGUUUGCUGCAACCAUGAGUGUCAAUUCGGCUCUUCUUGUGUUGGAUUGAGUUGCACUUCUCAGAACGACUGUGGUAGCACGGAAAGUUGUUGCAACAAUGAAUGUACAGCGGAAACCGACUGCUCAGGAUCGGAUUGUAGUUCCGACCUCGAUUGUGGUCAGUCAAAUAUCGUCUGUUGUAAUGGAGUUUGUCAAUAUAAUCGUUUUAAUUGGAACCCGAUAAUUUGGUUAACAUCUGGAUUACUAGCUGUGAUCUUCAUGAUUACUGUGUGCAUUUUCUGCGCUUGUCGCCGUCGAAGAACACUUCAUCGCGGCAGAAUUAUUGUUGGGCAGAGAGUAACAACGACAACUACGAUAAGAUCUGCACCAGCGAGCACCCAACCUUACCCCACACAGGCACAACCUUACCAACAAGGCCACCCAUACUAUCCCCCUCCACAGUAUGAGCAGCAUCAGACAAACAGACCUCCACCCUACAACCCUGGACCAAGCACAGCGAGUGAGCAACCUCCCCCUUAUACAGAAGGACCACAGGGAGGAGCAGGGAGAAUUUACACUCCCAAACCUUCAUAUGGUGCAGUAGCAUCAGCGCCACCUAUGUAAGGCAAUGAAUUGUUUUACCUCAACCUGGUUAUAUAACUCUAAAAACUUUUACAUAUCUUUAAGAACAUAAACCCUUGGAUUAUCUGAAACUGUUUUGAUAGAAUUUUUUAUGCAACUGAUGAAAAGGAAAAGGUAAAAUGGUGUGGCUUAUGUUACUUUACCUCAGCCAAGCGUUUACAGAAAAACCUGAUCAUUUUGUAGUCAAUAUGUGACCAAGCCAUUGGAACAACAGGUGAAAAGUGAGGUAGUGUGGGAAAUUUAUUAAUGUUGUUUGAAACUAAGAGUAGAGUUCAAAGUUCAUGUGAAGUCCACUGUUUAGAGCUCAAAUGUACACUUUGAAUUUGAAUUUGGCUCAGGAUUUGAAGUUUGAAUUAUUAAUUAUCAAAGAAAAAUGAAGUUUUGCAAGGAAUUGUGCAAGUGAAAACUAAUUUUUUUCUUGUCAGUCUUGUUUGCUAGUAGCACCAUGGUCAAAUUCAACCUAAAAACUGAAUUUAGGAUGGUAGUAUCUGAAAGAAGUAAAAGCAUUUUUCUUGUUUUAAUUGACUUCAGCUACUUGAAUCCUUUGUGUUAAAAUUGCAUAUUUAAAUAUUUUAUGUAUAGAGAUUGAAUUGUACAUUUAACUUGGUCCACUCUAGCUGGCUAAUGAGUUAGUGUAUUUGUUCAAUGGAAUUGUUGUUUGAAAAAGCUAGAACUUUAAACUUGAAAAUCAAUUUGUUAUAACUGUGGGCUAAGGCUAGUGAACCUCCUCAUUCUAUAAAUGGUGGCUGUAAUUUCAUAGGAUUUUAAAUGAAGGAACUGUUAAUAUUACAGCCAGUCUGCCCCAGGUUCUCAAUCAGUGAAGAAAAGCAAAAGAGUGGGUUGGCCAAAAACAGCAUUCAGUAGAUAGAUGGGAGUGCAAGCCAUUUUCCUUACAUAUAUGGCUGUUACUUCCACUGGCAUGAAAAUUUUGCACACUUCUUCACUUUUUUUCUCUCUUUGAGAACUUGGCACAGGUUUGUAACAAACUGGCCCUAAUACAAACUGAAAUAUAAUUAAAUUACAAAAUCAAUUAUUCAA